GAUCUUCCAGAGUGUUUAAUCGAUCGCAGAGUGGCAGGAUCGGACACCACUGCUCUUCAGCUAAAAUGACUUUCAACCGGUUAUUUCACCGAGCUGUUCAAGUCAGCAGAGUGGGAUCCAGGUCUGCGUUCACGAGCUCCAAGCCGGACUUGGCCAACCCUAACUGGCUGCGAGUUGGUCUUGCCUUUGGAUCAGCUGCUUUCCUCUGGGGCCUGCUCUUCAAGCAGCACAGCACAGACGUCCAUGAGUACAAAGUGAGGAACGGUCUGGAAUAACCCGCUGCACCACAUCCAGCUGAGGUCACACGGUCCUGUCUGUGGAUGCAGCUGAUUCUGUGUGUUCUGUGUAAAAUAAAGAUUAGCCAUGUGUAAAA